UGAUUUUUAUUUGUUUUCAAAUAAUACAUAUCUAUAUUGUUGGCAUGCGUGCGAUUUUAUUUACAUAUAACUGUGUACUUCUUAUGAUAUCUCUUCCCAACACUGUUAUUAGUUCCUUUUGAUUCCUCAAAGUGAAAUAUCUCAGAUAAAUAUACUUCCGAUAUUAAAAGUUUGUGAUAGGGAUACAUUACUGCGAUAUUAAUUAUUUGUUACAAAUCACUCCAUUCGAUAGACACAUAAUUUUAAUAUAUACGAUAAUUAAAACAAAAUGAAAUUAUUGAAACUGUUAUUAAACAUUGCUAUAAUUAUUGGUAUAAUAGCACCUUCUGCAGCUGAAGAUGCUUUCGAUUAUGGCGGUUACCGUUUAUCGGAACUUGUAAAGCCAAUACAUUAUGAUAUCGCUUUUAAUUUACACAACCCCCAACUUGUUAUCAAUUUUACUGUCAAACUUUACGUUGUAUAUGAGACACUGUACAUUGCUUUUCACGGACCAGCACCGCAAUUAAAGAAAAAGGAAUUUUGUAUAAAGAGUGUAAUGGAUAAAGAGGAGUUAGCGUAUUUGACAGACAAUGAAAAUAAAAUUUAUGUUCCAUAUAAACAAAACGUAUAUCAGAAGGGCAGAGAUGUUCAUUAUUUUCUUCUCCUCUAAAGUACAACCUGGCGAAUACAAUCUACGGAUGAAAUUUACUCCUGUUAAACAUAACGGUUUUUUUACAUUCUUUAAUACAACUCACACACACCAAGAAAAUAAAAUAUUGGCCGCAACAUAUUUCCAACCGAUUGGAGCUCGACAUUUAUUUCCAUGUUGGGACGAACCGCAAAUAAAAGCUACUUUUCAGAUUUCAAUCACUUACAAUGAAAAAUAUACAUUUUUAUCAAAUACACUUUUGAAAAAUAUUAAUAAUGAAUCUGACUUUCCAGAUUUGGUAUUUUUCAAAGAAACACCUGAAAUACCAGUUCAUCUCUUAGCAAUUGCGGUGAUAGAAGAUUCUACCCAUUUGCUUGAAGAAAACAUUGCUCUAUAUUAUAGAAACAAGCUACCUCCUAAUGUCAUACAGUUAGCAUGGGACGUUGCCAAAAAAGUUACAAAGUAUUUAGAAUCUACGUUUAGAAACCUGGAAGUAAUUGGAGAACGAGUGAAUCAUGCCAUAAUUCCAAAUUAUCCAGAUGAUGGCAUGUCUAGCUGGGGACUCAUUUUAUACAAAGAAAGUGCUGUUAUUUAUGAUGAAUCCGAAAAUUGUAUUACGCGACAAAUAGAAGUGGCAAAUUUGGUAGCACGUCAAGUAGCUUAUCAAUGGUUUGGCAAUAUCAUCAAACCAACUUGGUGGUCUGAUCUAUGGUUAUUCAAAAGUCUUGCCAGAUUCUUUGGAGCAGAUGCCAUCCACAAGAAACAGAUCUUUAAAGACAGCAGCCAGAUAACGCACCUGUUCAUAGUUCAGAAUCAAUACGAAUCUCUUCACUUAGAUACUGUCGUACAUUCUUUUACCAGUAAAUUUCAUUUUAAAUUUGAGAAGUCCUCUGACAUUGAAUCUCUUUCCUCUCUUCCUCCUUACAGAGCAACCUGUAUAAUGCGCAUGUGGCAUCAUAUACUUACCAACAAAAUCUUUGUAAUGGGUAUUAAUAAAUAUAUAACUCUAGCCGUACGUCAAUCGGCAAUUUUCUCUGAUUUCUGCUUGAGUAUGGAAGCUUCAUUAUUUGACACAUUCGGAUACGUUUCUUUUUAUAACUUCGACGUAAAUAUAAUAGAAAUAAUGAAUAAUUGGAUAACACAAUGGUAUAAUCUUACACAAGAUCCUGUGCUUCAUGUAACGCGAGAAUAUAAUGAUUCUUCAACGACACUAUUGAAUAUGAAAUUCAUUCAAGAAGGGUUAGAUAAUAUCACAAUACCUGUGACUUAUACUACACAAUCUAAUAUCAAUUUUAAUCGAACUUCGUUUCAUGAUGUCAUGUGGUUACAAAAUGGAAAACUGUCUUCCAGUUACGACUCACAUUCAAAUUUAAACAUAAGUACAAAUGAUUGGAUUAUAGUCAACCUACAACAAACUGGAUAUUAUCGCGUUAAUUAUGACAAAACAAAUUGGCAAUUAAUUACGAAAUACCUUACCUUUGACAAUUAUGCGAAUAUACAUGUUCUUAAUCGUGCUAAACUUAUCGAUGAUGCCUAUCAUCUUAUGACAACACAACAACUCCAACCCAUAAUAUUUUGGGAUUUGGUGGAAUAUCUAAAAAGAGAAAAAAGUUACAUUGCAUGGUAUCCUAUGAUUAAAGCUUUAGAAGAUAUGUCGAAUAUGAUACCAUAUUUAUAUGAAUCAAACGUCGUUUUUAUUAAGGAAAGAAUGGCACUUAUCUUUUCUGAACUACUCGAUUAUUUAACUUACGAUGAAUCUAGCACUGAUGACUACUUAACCAAAUGUUUAAGACUAGAAGCCAUAAAAUGGGCAUGUACUUUGGGUAGCAGAGAAUGCAAACUUGCUAUUUUUGACAAAUUACAUCAACAUAUCAAAGAUCCUAAACAAUACAAACAUUUCCCAGGAUGGAAGCAGUGGACAUAUUGCACAGGUCUGAGCGUGUCUGAUAUAAAUGUUUGGAAUCAGGUAUUAGACAUAUACAAUAAAGACCCAUCUAAAAAAGAAGUUUUGGAAGUUCUGGCUUGUUCUGAAAACAUUACAAUUCUUCACAAUUAUCUGCAAAACAUGAUCACUGAAAAUAUAACGUUAAAAAUAUUAGUCGACCCAAAAACUCGUGCUUAUAUUUUUUUAAAUAUUAUUUCGAGGUAUGCGAAUAACCCGGAUCUGAUUACGUCAAUAUUUUACGAUACUCCAAGUCUUAUACCACGCGAAAUUAAGCCAUCUACAUUGUUAUGUUAUAUCAUUAAUGAAGUGUAUGAUGUUGAUAUUUUUCCAAUGAUAAAUAAUUUUACGGAAGUUUAUAACCCAGAAAUAAAGAAAGAAGUUGAACUCAAGAUAAAACAACGCUCAUUUGUGCUUCAUUUUAAAAAACUUACAAGAAAUUGGAAUUUUGAUAUGUAACCAUAAAAAUUGAUAGGCCUAGCCAUUUAAAAACUACAAACUUUUAAAACUUACAUUUUAAACAAAGAAGUGAUCUCGAAUGUUAAAAUUUACAUUUUAUUUAUUUUUUUGUUUUAGCUUUUUCGCCGGUGUCCCUAAAAGUUUCAUGCUUUUCCCUGAAUUAUUGUUUUGUUGUAUUCACUUUUUUGUCUAAUAAUAAUUUUUCCGCGUACUUAAUGUUGUUAUCCUAUAAAAAUGACUUUUAUUAUAUAAAGUGACAUUUUAUUACAAUGUAUUUAUCCGUUCCAUCGUAAGUAAAAAACGAACAAAAAAUAGAUAUGUAAAAGCUACAUAUUAAAAUAUUAUAACACAUUUUCUCUAAAUAUAGGUAUCUGCGUAAGAACAAUUUUGCCAUUCACGAAAAAUAUAAAAAAUUAAUUAUUGAAUUUUACUCGUGUAACAAAUAUCAUAAUGUAUAUGUAGUAUUAAUAUAAUGUACACGUUUCGAGAGAAAUAAUUCUAAAUGUGAGAAAGAAUUGUCUUG